AUGUCGGAAAAGACCAGCGUUCUCUUUGUUUGUCUCGGCAACAUUUGCCGGUCUACCAUGGCCGAGGGCGUUUUUCGGUCUCUAGUCAAGGAGUCGCCUUACAAUGAGAUGAUUGGAAACAUUGACUCUUGCGGCACCGGAGCUUAUCAUGCUGGCGACGAUCCUGACGACCGAACAAUGUCCACCCUCGAAAAGCACGGCAUCACUGAUUAUGUACACGCGGCCCGAAAAGUUCGGUCUUCCGAUUUCGAGAACUUCGACUACAUCUUCGCCAUGGACCGCUCCAACCUGUCAGACCUCUUGAGAUCCAAGAAACCAGCAGGCGCCAAGGCAAAGGUCAUGUUGUUUGGAGAAUACUCGGGCUCUGGCAAGGCCGAAGUUGUUCAGGACCCAUACUAUGGCGGCCAGCAAGGUUUUGAGACAGCAUACACACAGUGCUUGAGAUUUUCCAAAAACUUCCUUAGCGAACUCCUCACCAACACAGACGCCUAG